GACCAGUCUGCAUUUGACUUUCUGGUGGCAAAGACGCGCUAGCAAAGAGUCUCGGGGAAAAAUCUGUGGGGAAAAACACGAGCCGCGAGAGUCGGAAAACCGAUCCUAAAACCGCAUCAAAUCGAAUCCAGCCUAGCAUUUGGCUUAACUUUCAAUUUUUCUUUAUUUCGGUUAAAUUUUUUGGCAAUUAUACACAGAAAUUUAAAAUUUUUCUAAUUUUGUACGUGAAAUUUCCAUUGGGCAUUCCGCUUUCAAUCGCGCUGCGUGUGUGUAAAGUUUGUGUGUGCGGCGACAUUCGCUUUUCAAAAGCGGUGGAAAAACUCGCAAGGAUUUCACUUUAGGCCGCGCUUGCUGCCGGCUUCCAUUUGGAAUUGCCAUCAGUUGGAGAGAAACAAAACUAGUUCAAGGCAUCGUCACAGUAUCUUUCAGAUACAGAUACAUUCGUGGGUUUUGAUCCCCUGCAACAUGGAGCUAUCGCUGUCGCAAAAAGAAACGGAGAUCCGGCCCAACACCAUUCCAGACCUCAAAGUCGAUGCGACAUUUCGCAAGGUGGCGAAAAAUGCCAUAACCUUUGCUCUCUGGAAAAUAGACGAAGAUCGCCUGGAGGCAGUCCCUCGAUCGCAGUAUGGAACCUUUUAUGACAACUGCGCAUACAUUAUCUACGCAGCGAGUUUGCCCGGUCAUUAUGCCAAUCACGAGACCAUCACACGCGAACAGAAGCCGAAUGUGGUGUUGGAGCGAUAUAUCCACUACUGGUUGGGCAAGAGUGUCAGUGAGCAGAACCGCUCCAAUGUGGUGCACAAAAUCCAGGAGCUGGACUCGUAUCUGGGAAAUGUGUCUUCUAUUUAUCGAGAGACCCAGAAUCUGGAAAGUGCGAGGUUUCUUUCAUACUUCAAGAAGGGUUACGACGUUCGUUCAGGAGCCCUGCUAAAUGCUCCUAAGAGGCCACGCCUCUUUCAACUGCGCGCCCGCAAAUGGCUACGAUCCAUUGAGCUGGCCACCAUCGAUUGGACUCACUUCAACUCGGACUACAUAAUGGUCCUGCAAACGGACACCCUGAUCUUUGUGUGGAUAGGACGCUCCAGUUCGGGAAUCGAGCGACGAAGUGCCCUGGCUUGGGUUCAAAAGCACUGCAGUGGCUCCGCCAUCACCAUAGUGGAUGAUGGCUACGAACAGGCCAUGUCCCACGAAACUAAAGAGCUGUGGAAUUCCCUGCUUCCGCUCCAGAAACGGAUGGUCUGCCAGGCCAGUCAGUUGGUCACCGAAUACGCCGACUACAAUAGCAAUAAAUUCCGCAUCUACAAGUGUAAUCAGCGAGGAAGGUUGCAUCUGGAUCAACUGGACGUGGGCAUGCCGGCCAAGGAUGAUCUGAGCGAUGCCCAUGGAGUGUAUCUACUGGAUAACUAUGGCCAGAGCAUUUGGCUGUGGGUUGGAGCCCAAGCCCCUCAGGCAGAUGCACUUUCUGCCAUGGGAAAUGGACGGGCUUUUGUCAAAAAGAAGAAGUAUCCGGAUAGCACCCUGGUAGUGCGUGUUCUCGAAGGUCACGAGCCGGUGGAGUUUAAGCGACUCUUCGCCAACUGGUUGAAUGUUUGGCAGGAGAACGCUAGAGGUCACAAGCCAGUGUCCACAAAGUUCGGCAAGCUGGAUGCCCACUCCCUCUGCGAGCGCCCCAAAAUGGCAGCGGACACACAGCUCGUGGACGAUGGCAGGGGUGAAAGGAUACUGUACCGCAUCUGGGGAGAUCAGGUGCAGGAGAUGCCCGUCUCCAAGACGGUGGUCUUCACCACCAAUGCCAGCUACGUGGUUAAGUACACUGUGCAGUGUGCCACUGUUGUGCCCGCGGAUUUGGCCUCUGUGGGCAUUGAAACGAUCAUCUACCAAUGGAAUGGCUCGGAGGCCUCUGCGGAAUCGAUUUCCCGUGCCGACAAGUUUGCCAAGGCCAGUUUUGAUGCCCUCAAGAAGCCCGGGAUGUUCGUGCAGCUCUACGAGUUCGACGAGCCGCCACACUUCCUUCAGAUCUUCGAGGGAAAGUUGAUCAUUAUGCGGGGCCAGCGCAGCGAGAUGCUUUACAACGGGAGCGUUAAUGGAGGCAAUGUCUUGUCGGACACUUUUCUGCUGAAGGUCUACGGCGAUGCCAGCUACAAUGCGAAGGCUGUGGAGGAGACGCCACUGUCGUCGAUUAGCUCCAAAGAUUGCUAUGUGAUCAAGACGAGUCACGUUUGGGUGUGGUGUGGUCAGAGUAGCACGGGAGAUGCCCGCGAGAUGGCCAAGUCGGUGGGAGCGCUUCUGGGAGAGAGCUCGCUGGUGCUGGAGGGCAAGGAGAGCAAGGAGUUCUGGCAAUCGGUGGCCAUGUACUUCAAUCAAACUCUCGUGAUCAACGGCAAUGGGAACUCCUGUUCCAGCAGCACCAGCAGCAGCAGUGGUGCCGGCAGCAUGUGCAACGGCAGCUCCAACGGUGGCAACAUAUCACCCACCCUCAGCAAUAAUUGCUAUCUGAACACCAGUGUUCCCAGUAAACCGAGACCCCCGGUCCAACUUUUUAUGGUCUGGUGGCAACAGAGUUCGCUGAGGUAUGAGGAAAUUCUCGGCUUCGAUCAGCAGGAUCUCAGCUCGGAUUGCACAUAUAUUCUGGACACUGGUACCCUCACCUACGUCUGGCUGGGAUCGCAGGCCUUGAACCAGGAGCGCUACACGGCCAUUGCCCAGAGUUAUGUGCAGAACGCUCCAUUCGGACGCAGAUCGGCUACUGCAUUGGCCGUAGUCAGGCAAUUCCAGGAACCGAACGUCUUCAAGGGAUUCUUCGAGUCCUGGCAGAACGAUUACGGCAAGAACUUUUUGUCCUACGAGGCAAUGCGCAAGGAUCUGGGGAACGCUGUUCCCACCACCUGUAGCCUUGCAAAUGAUGGGUCACCUUUGCUGCUGAACAAUAAACAGAAGGGCUUUGAUGGCCACAAAAAGUAUCCACUGACAGUUCUCAUCCAGGAGAUGGACAUGCUGCCACCAGAAAUUAAUCCGCUGAAGAGAGAGGUUCAUCUGACCCACGAUGACUUUGUCUCGGUUUUUAAAAUGUCAUUUUACGAAUUCGACGAGCUGCCCAAAUGGAAGAAAAUGGAGCUGAAAAAACAGUUUAAACUGUUUUGAGCUUUGCAACUUGUUAAAAUGCGUAUAACGAAUGCGCAGUGUAUAUAAUCCUCACUUUUAAUGAAUACUAUGAAGAUGUAGUAGCUGUUGAAGCAAUUUAUAUUAAUUAUACACACUACGUAGAUGUAAUAAAGCGAAAACAUGAAACUUUUA